AUGAACAUGGAUUUUGUCGCCUCUUUCAGCCACCCCUUCCUCUGGGCGGUCUUCGCCGUGGGGGUGAUCUACUGCUGCACCCUCAUGGUCUCUGAACUAUUCCUCUCCCCUCUGUCUCAUAUUCCCGGCCCCAAACUGGCGGCCUGCACCCGACUGUAUGAGUUCUUCUAUGAUGUGAUCUGUCAUGGACGAUACACUUUCAAGAUUGCCGAGUUGCAUAAGAAAUACGGCCCCAUCGUCCGCAUCAGUCCGACGGAAAUCCACAUCCACGACCCCGAAUACUACGAAACACUGUACUCCACCAGCGCCCCCCGAAACAAGGACCCAUGGUUCACUACCAAUUUCGAUGUCGCCGAGUCGGCCUUCUCCACGCUCGAUUACCGGCUGCACCGGCCGCGUCGGGCCCUAAUCGCCCCCUACUUUGCAAAGGCGCGCGUGGAUCGCAUCCAGCCUUUGAUCCAAGGUAAGAUCACCAAGCUCAUGCACCAGCUCGAUGCAUAUGUGCGCAGCGGCAAGCCUCUUAAGGUAGAUGUGGCCUAUAACUGCUUCACGGCCGAUGUUAUCACCGGGUACACCAGCUACCGCGCGCUGGGCUACUUGGAUACACCCGACAUGGUGCCCAUCUGGAGCGAGACCGUCCGCAAUCUCGUCGAGAUUGGCAUGAUUGCUCGCCAUCUCCCGGGGUUCUUCCCUUUGUUAGCGAGAUCUGGCGCGCGCUGUAUCAAAAUGGUGUACCCGAAGCUGUUGUCGGUCAUAGCAUUUCGCAUGAAAUGCAUCCAGGAAGUCAACUUCAUGUGGACUCAUCCUGACACGGCCAAGGAACCCAGUCAGGAGUGCAGUGAGCUGGCCCUCUUCCCGGAGCUGGUCAGUCGGGCUUCCACCACGCCUGAUAUCACCGAGGAGCGAGUGCUGCAUGAAUACAUCACCAUUGUGGCUGCGGGAACGGAGACGACUGCUCACACCAUGACGGUUUGUACCUUUCAUAUUUUGAAUAACAAGGACAUUUUGCGCCGAUUGCGCGCGGAGCUUGACGCAAAGUUUCCUGCCGAUGGAGCCAUGGAUCUACAGACUUUGGAACAGUUGCCAUACUUGACGGGAAUUAUCUACGAAGGCCUACGCCUCUCGUACGGCCUAUCCCAUCGUCUCCAGAGAAUCAGUCCCACCGAUCCACUGAAAUACAAGGAUAUGGUCAUCCCGCCAAAUACGCCCGUCGGCAUGUCCUCUGCUCUGAUCCAUCACGACGAGACCAUUUUCCCCCAGUCGCAUGAGUUCAUCCCGGACCGAUGGACCGACAUCAACGAGCGGAGAAGACUGAACAAGUACAUGGUUGCGUUCAGCAAAGGAUCGCGACAGUGUAUCGGAAUGAAUUUGGCUUUUGCGGAGCUUUAUAUGGCCGUCGCCACGCUGUUCCGCAAAUAUGAUAUGGAGCUCCAGGAUACGACAGUAAAUGAUGUGAAGCUGCAUAGUGAUAUGAUGCUGCCGCAUGCGAAAAAGGGUAGUAAGGGGGUGCGGGUGGUUUUGAAGCCUGCUCGGGGAGAGUAG